GGAAGUUUCCUGCAAACACGACUUUUCUCUUCUUGUUUCCGUCAUUUCUCUUUUAUUUGUUUUAGUUUUAUAAACUUCACGGACUCGUUCAUUAACUCCACAUCUACAUUCAGAGCUCAUGGAUUUAUUUGAUAAUUUAAAAAAAGCAGCUCGGGACACGUACAUGAAGGUAGACGACCUUAGUUUCCUGUGUAAUCUGCAGAAAUGUAAAAUCAGACACGAAACAGUCUCAGUAUUUGUCACCACAGUUUCACAAUCAUCUGAGAUAUAAACUGAAUUUCACACAGCGGAGGAGGGAUCCGCUCUUUUGUUUUUUCCCACAAUGCAUUUCCUCCAUCUCUUUCACUUUCACUCUUGGAUUAUUUGAGCGUUAAAUUGAAGCAGGAAACGAAGGUGAGAGGAUUUCCUGCUUUCAGUGUCACCAUGUCAGUGGCUCCUCUCCUGCUGCUGCUGUUCCUUCCUUUCCCUCCCUCAUCUGGAGCCCAGCUGCCAAAUCAGAGCCAAUCCAAGGAACCCCCCAUCGCCACCAACGGCCAGCUGUUCCCAUGGGACCGCAUGAGACUUCCCCAAACCAUCUACCCGCUCCACUAUGACCUCUCCAUCCACCCCAACCUGACCACCCUGGACUUCACUGGCCUCGUUCGCAUCGAGCUGGACGUGAUUGAAGACACCAGCAUGAUCGUCCUCCAUGCCAAGAAGAUGCAGAUAUCUAACGUGCUGCUCCUGGCGCCCGAAGGCGUGAGGCCUCUCCAGGUGCUGGAGUAUCCACAUUUCCAUCAGCUCGCCCUGCUGUCGGAUUCCGUGCUGACUAAAGGAAGGAAGUAUGAAGUUCAGCUGGAGUUUGCUGCCAACUUGUCUGACAGCUACCACGGUUUCUACAAGAGCAGCUACCGCACCAGCAGCGGGGAGGUCCGGUUUCUGGCGUCCACACAGUUUGAAGCAACGUUUGCUCGUGGAGCCUUCCCCUGUUUUGAUGAACCUGCUUUCAAAGCCAACUUCACCAUACAGAUCAUACGAGAGCCGCGGCACAUAACCAUAUCCAACAUGCCUAAGGUUAAAACAGUGGAGUUGCCAGGCGGUUUGCUGGAGGAUCACUUUGACACCUCUGUUAGGAUGAGCACGUACCUGGUGGCCUACAUUGUGUCUGAUUUCCUGUCUGUGAGCAAGACCACCAAGCACGGCGUCAAGAUUUCAGUCUACGCUGUAGCUGAGAAGAUCGAUCAGACGGCCUUCGCUCUGGAUGCUGCUGUCACUCUGCUGGACUUCUACGAUGACUACUUUGAUAUUCCUUACCCACUUCCCAAACAGGACCUGGCUGCUAUCCCUGAUUUCCAGUCAGGUGCGAUGGAGAACUGGGGGCUGACGACCUACAGAGAGACGGGCCUCCUCUUCAACGCAGAGAGGUCUUCAGCUUCAGACAAACUGGGUAUCGCUAAGGUCAUCGCCCAUGAGCUCGCACACCAGUGGUUCGGGAACCUGGUGACGAUGGAGUGGUGGAACGACCUGUGGCUCAACGAGGGUUUCGCCAAAUUCAUGGAGUAUGUUUCUCUCCGCGUCACGUACCCAGAGCUGCAAGUGGACGACUUUUUCUUGGGAAAAUGUUUUGAGGCCAUGGAGGUGGACUCCCUCAGCUCCUCUCACCCAGUCUCCACCCCCGUGGAAAACCCCAUGCAGAUCCAGGAGAUGUUCGACGACGUGUCAUAUGACAAGGGAGCAUGUAUUCUGAAUAUGCUGCGGGACUUCCUGACCCCGGAGGCCUUUGAGAUCGGCAUCAUCAAAUACCUAAAGCGCUUCAGCUACCAAAACACAGUCAACAGCCACCUGUGGGAGAGCCUAACCGAUAUCUGCAGCUCAGAUGAUUUGGACGAAGGUCGAAUGAAACACGAAGAUUUCUGCUCCAAACGCAAAGUCCAGUCUGGAGCCUCUAAGUGGUACUCUGGUGAUGAGCUGGACGUCAAGGCCAUCAUGGACACCUGGACGUUGCAGGAGGGCUUCCCGCUGGUCACUGUGGAGGUCAGAGGUCGCGAGGUCAGGCUCAGUCAGGAGCGUUACCUGAAGACGGACGACCCCUCCCUCACUGAAGGAUUCCUGUGGCAGAUUCCACUCACCUAUGUGACCAGCGCCUCCAACACUGUCCACCGCUUCCUGCUGAAAACCAAGACUGAUGUCCUGUAUCUGCCAGAGGAGGUGGAGUGGGUGAAGUUCAACGUGGACAUGUGUGGCUACUACAUGGUCCACUAUGCAGGCGAGGGGUGGAACUCCAUCAUCAGACUGCUGCACCACAACCACACGGCUCUGACCAGCAACGACCGAGCCAGCCUCAUCCAGAACGUCUUCCAGCUGGUCAGUAUCGGGAAGGUGAGGCUGGACACAGCUCUGGAGCUGUCGCUCUACCUGUCCAGAGAGACUGAGAUCAUGGCUGUGACUCAGGGCUUCGGAGAACUUGUACCUCUCUACAAACUGAUGGAGAAGAGAGACAUGGAGGUUCUGGAGAACCAGAUGAAGACCUACAUUGUGGAUCUGUUCCGGGGGCUGAUUGAUCGUCAGGAGUGGUCUGACUCUGGAUCGGUGUCUGAGCGAGUGCUCAGGAGUUACCUGCUCUUGUUCGCCUGUGUCAGGAACUACGCCCCCUGUCUGACCAAAGCCACACAGCUCUUCAACAAGUGGAAGGAAUCUGAUGGCAACAUGAGUCUCCCGGUCGACAUCACCAUGGCUGUGUUUGUGAUUGGAGCUCGAACUCCGGAGGGGUGGGACUUCUUGUUCGAGAAAUACCGCAAUUCGAUGCAAAUGUCUGUCAAGUUCCGCAUGAAAUCCGCAAUGACUGUCACUUCGCUGCAGGACAAGCUCAAGUGGAUGAUGGAGCAGAGCCUCCACGGUGAAGUGAUGAAGACUCAGGACCUCCCAGACGUGGUCGUCGCCGUCAGCAGGAACCUCCACGGCUACAAACUGGCCUGGGACUUUUUCCGAGCCAACUGGCACACCUUCAUCAAGAAGUUUGACCUCGGCUCCAACACAAUCUCAUACAUGGUGAAGGGUGUGACCAACCAGUAUUCUACCAGGGAGAUGCUGCAUGAGGUACAAAGCUUCUUUGGCUCCCUGACCGAGGAGACGGGCUCAGAGAUGAGAUGUAUCCAGCAGAGCUACGAGAGCAUCGAGGACAACAUCCGCUGGAUGGACACCAACCUUCCUCUGCUAAAGGCCUGGCUCGACCGACGCAGCCACAAAGUGCAUGAUGAUUUAUAGUUCCAGGAGAAAGUCUGGUGCGGAUAGUUAUGUUGCUAAAGGCAAGUGUUGGAUGACUUUUAUAUUUGACAACUAGAAUGGCGAAACCUACUGACUACCCAACACUGACUUGAACAACGAAUAAUCCAGUAGAUUAAAAAACAUUGGGAAAAACUGUCAUACUUUGGAAUCGACUUAGUGUGAUCUAUUUUAUUUGACACUCCAAAACUAAGUGACCCAGACAGUGACUUUUUUACACUUCUGUGAAACUAUAGCCUAAAUAAAUACUGUGAUGUGAUGUUCAGAAGGUAAAUAACUGCUGUUCCCAGAUCUAUAAUUAAUACUUUUCAGAUUUCAAACUGAUUUUAAACAUCAAUAUAGCAGCUGAAAACUGUGUUCUGUGUAAAGACAUAUUGAAGUAAUGGCCCUCCUCGUAUUUAGCAAGGGUACGAAGUGUUCAGGUGAAAACGACCACUCUUAACAUUUCCCCUCUGGUUUCUGUGACAAGAAAGUCCACAAACAAAUAAAGAGAUGAAACCAGAGUAGAUAACUGGACUUUUCUGAGAUGGAUUGUCAGUUGAGCUGCUCCAACUUGACUUUUUAUUAUCCUUGAUGUUUAAAGACUGGUUCAAGUAAAAGAGGGAGGCAGAGUUGAGGCUGAUGAAGCAUUUGUGUUUCGUUAAAGAAGUUCAAGAAGCCCCAUAUGUGGUUUCGUCGUUGUGAUUCCAAGAACCAGAGGUUAUGUUAUCGUCGCUGUGUUUCUGUGUGUUAGCAGAAUUAGGCAAAAGCUGCUGCACUGAUUUUAUUAAAACUUAGUGGAAAGGGGGGAAUGGGCAAAGGAAGAACUCAGUAAUUGUGUUGAUAGGGUUAGAGCCUUGGGAGAGGGACGUGCUCCAAAUGCUCUUUGAGUUGGAGGUUAAUUUCUCAAUUUGUUUCUCUGCAACUUAUUGUUCUAUUCAGAGCUGGUUGUAUCUGUCUGUGGCUUAGUGUGUGUUUGUGCUGUGGAUUAAAUCAGAAGUGUGUGUGAGCUUUUAAUUUGAUAACAUUCAAAGAUAAGUGCAGUGAAGCUGGUUUGAAUUUUCACUUUUUGUGUUGCUGAUGUUCAACAGAAGCAUUGUCGGUGAAUGUUGCACAAAAGAAAUGCAGUGCUCUGCAUCUGAUAUUUGAUUUUUCUCAAAUAUCUUGGUACAAAUCUUUCCUUCACAUGAAAAACAAAACAAAACAACAAUAAGACUGGACAUUGACUCAAGAGAACGAAGCCAAAAGAGAGACCUGCUGACCUCCAACAUUCAAAAUGUGAGAACAUCCACAACAUCCACACUGGAAUGACUUCCGAAAAAAGUCGAGAGCAGAAAUAAUUUAUCCUAUUGCACUUUGUAUAUAGUUCUAGUGCCUUGAAGUAACUUUUGAGAUAAAAUGUCUAAAACUUAAAAACACACUGCUGUAAUAUGACAUGCUGCAAAACAUGUUCAACUUUAAUCAAAUUCACCUGUUGGCUGACUUAAGAAAAAGCACUAUUAGGAAAAUGUUGUUACAAAACAAUGACUUAAUUUAUUUGAUUCAAUCUGAAUAUGAUUUUUUGGCUCCAGUCAAACAGGAUUCAUAGCAAAUCUGUUGUUUUCUAAGGAGAAUAUGUGUUGGUUGAAUUUAGUCCAAUAAAGUUGAAAAA